CUUCAUAUAUUGACCAAGCAUGUCCAUUUCUGUCCUUUACAGUUUAGGAGCCAUGCUUUUGCAUCAUGUUUGCAAGAUUUUCAUGAGCUUCAGUAUAUGUGUGAUUUUCCUCACACCACAAUGCAAUGGGGGCAACAUUCUGGUGUUCCCUGUAGAUGGCAGCCACUGGAUCAAUAUGAAAGUUAUUUUGGAAGAACUUCAUGCCAGAGGACACAACAUCACUGUGAUCAGGCCUUCCACCAGCUGGUACAUCACAGAAAACUCUCCUCUCUACUCAACAAUCACAAUUAAAUUCCCGGAAGAUUCAUUGGACUUUUUUGAUGAGUUCAUACAGGAGCAACUUACGGCUCAAAGAGAAGGUGCUUCACUGCUGACUUUGUUCAAGACCACCAAAAGCUAUUUUUCUAUGAUUACUCGAGGACAUGAAAUUUAUUGUAAUGGUUUGGCUGAAGUUUUCGAUAAUCCAAMAAUGGUCCAAAUGUUAAAAGACUCAUCAUUUGAUCUUGUUCUUUCUGAUCCAGGAAUAGGAACAGGGGUYGUGUUAGCCAAAUAUCUCAAAUUACCAUCAGUCCUCAAUGUGCGCUGGAUCACCAGUGGAGAGGGCCACUUUGUGAUGGCCCCCUCCCCAUUCUCCUACAUUCCAGUUCCGGGAUCUGGUUUUACUGACAAAAUGACUUUCAUCCAGAGGGUCAAAAACUGGUUCUUCCACAGCAUCAUUUGGUAUCAGGAGAAAUUCUUAAUGGGACCUAUUUACAAUGCUAUGUGUGAUAAGUAUAUAGAAGGAGGAUGUGAUAUUGUCUCACUGCUUCAGGAUGCAGAUAUCUGGCUGUUCAGGUCUGAUUUUGUGUUUGAUUUCCCUCGACCAACAAUGCCAAAUAUAGUUUACAUUGGAGGAUUCCAGUGCAAACCAGCCCAGCCUCUACCAGCAGACCUGGAGGAGUUUGUUCAGAGUGCUGGAGAGCAUGGAGUGAUCGUCAUGACUUUGGGAACUUUUAUCCAUGCGUUGCCAAAAAAAGUUGCAGAGGACAUUGCCAGCGUCUUUGCCAAACUGCCCCAAAAGGUGAUAUGGAGACACAAAGGGGAGCAUCCCUCUACCCUGGGCAACAACACUCUAAUGAUGGACUGGAUGCCACAAAAAGACCUCCUGGGUCACCCACAAGUCAAACUCUUCAUAGCUCAUGGAGGAACUAAUGGAGUCCAGGAGGCCAUUUACCAUGGAGUCCCAGUUCUUGGUAUUCCUCUGAUCUUUGACCAGUUUGACAACCUUCUACGUCUGCAGGAAAGAGGAGCUGCAAAAAUCCUUCAGUUAGCUGAAAUCAAUGGCCACACAUUUGAAUCAAGUGUUAAAGAAGUGCUUUAUAA